AUGUCAGCCAACAGGGAAGAACUGAAGAAAACCAACCCGAAAAAGAACUACAAGGAAAUUUGCUUGGAACUGACACAAGUAAAUGAUCACAAAGGACUUAAACAAGAAGGGCUAUUCAUCAAAAAAGGGAUGACCCAGGAGCUGAAGAAUGAACUCAGGGAGGUGAGAGAAGAACUCAAGGAAAAGAUGGAAGAGAUAAAGCAGAUAAAGGAUAUAAUGGACAAAGAUUUUGAUAAGCUUCAUGAAUUUGUGGAAAUUAUGAAGGAAAUGCAGAAGGAUAUGGAUGAAAAGAUGGAUGUUUUAAUGACUAUACAGAAGAACAACAAAUUUCCCCUUCAAAAACAACCAAAGGAGCAGCAGGAACUCGGGCAGAUAGGAAAGAUGGACAAAGAUCCCCAGCUCAGACCCAAGCAAAUGGAAGAACCUGACGGAGUAUCAUUGACUAGCGAUAAGACGAUGUCACAAAAAACAAAGACUAAUCCACCGGAUCCCCUUCAUUCGUGUCAGAGUUGCUGCCAGGAGACCUUCACACCAUGCCUGGGCGCCCUUUUCACCUUUGUCAUCUGGAGCUGCUUUCUGAUUUAUUUGUACUUCAACCCUGAUGAGAUGGAGUAUGUGCUUCCCACCUAGUCCAGUCAUGGAGCCCACCAGCAGCUCCGGCUCAUCCUCUCUGAGCUGCAAGGCAGGGUUUUCUGCCCUCUUACACCCCAUCCUCACCCCACCCAGGCUUCCACCUGGAGAUUAAAGACUUUCAUUUGAAGUCCAAAGGUUGUUACCCUUUUGAGUACUGGCUCAACAUUUGGGUGCCCAGAGCAUCACUUUUUGGUUCAACAAAUUUCGGACCCCAGUUCCUCUU